CUGCAGUGACGCAGGCACGACGACGACAGCGGCCGGCGGCGUUGCGUACUAAACGAUUUUUCCCUACCCAGCGGCGGCAAACGGUCUCCCACGGCGGCGGCGGCGGCGACGACGACGACGACCUUCGGGUGAGUAUGAAAAUAAUCGAAAAGGUCAAACGAAUCCGCGCGGGAUUUAUCCGUUUUCGGGCGUUCGCAAUUAUUUGUUUCGUUACGGUACCUAUCGAACUCGUGUAACAUAAUUUAUUAACCGCUGUUGUAACGCGCCAAUAUAAAACAAUACGGUACGGACUGUACGACGAGUGGCCGGCGAUCGGGGCAGGGACGCACGGGGGGAACGCCGCUGUUCUAGUAUACCGAGUCGGCAAUUCGACGAUAAUAAUAAUUAAGUUUCGUGUGUACCCGGCGAGACUAACGUCGUCGGCCCUACACGAUAAUCGAAAUCGAAUCGUAAAAACGAAAAUAACCGCGCCGGGUGUACUUUUCGUUGUUAUUGAUUAUUUCACCAUCGCGUAUCACCGGGCGUGCAGCGCAGAUGAGUCGUCGACCUGCGUUACGCGGCAAAGUUCUACGCGUGUGCGCAUUAUCGCUUACAUACUGUACCUAUGAUAUUAUCGUAUGGUAUUUCAUUUGCGCGCGUCACCGGUUUUUUCGUUGUCUCGGGUCCGCGUAAUCGAUAAACGGCAGCGGAUUUACGAGAUGUCCAAGGGAUAGAGUACGUCGGAACCCACUACCCUCCCCCCCCUCCCACGGCCACCAAACUCCGAUAUGAUUACAAUAAUGCGUCUUAAAACGCGACCUCGUUCGAAAUAAUACACUCGAAACGCAUUAAUUUAAUUUUCAGGACCCCCUCCCCCGGAAAUAUGUUGAAAACCCCGUUACCGUCGAUGAACAUCGUUCAUAUUAUUUUUUUUUUUUGCACUGCGAACAAAAUAUCGGUCCUGCAUGUAAGCGCGUCGUAUAUUAUAGUGUUUGUGUAAUUAUUUAUAUCCGACGCUUGCUCGUGUCCGCAAUACCCGCAUUGGUAUUAACGAGUACGAUAAUUUCACGGCCCAUGUCAAAAUACUCGAUAAAAACAACAAUUUUUGUUAAUCUCUUAAAUAAUACAAGUAAACCGCAUUGUAUUGUAAUAUAAAAUUGGCGGGUCACCAACACCAAGCCGUAAUACGGCUCAGGUUAUCGGGAAAAUUCCCGUUUCCAGACCGGCCACUCCGUACCUGCAGCGAUUGACGCGACGCUCCGCACCGACGUAGCGCACAUCGACUGCCGAAUCAAUUCUCACUGAUUUCGUUUAUUAUUAUCAGCGAAUUUUUUUGGUCAUAAAAAUAACAAUAUUAUGAUAAAGUUAAGCGCGACAAUAAAAUUAAAUGUCUACGAUUUAUUUUCCACGUAGAAAUUACUUAUCUAGACAUUUAAAGAACGAUAAAUAAUAUUCUCAAUUUCAGUCGACCGUUCUAUGAUAUUAGCUGACAUAAAAUAGUACGCAAUGAAAUAAUGUAGGUAGGUAGUUUAUUUGUAUUUGUAUUUUUUUUUUUUUCGUUUUUUAGUAAAGAUCACGUGAUGGCGCGAUCUGACAUAGCGCAUUAUUUCGAUCGAGAAGACCUAACACUAAGAGAACGGCCUACAACGCUUCGAUAUUUAGAUUCGUUUUGGGGAUCAUGGGGAAUAUCACGGUCGGCUGACAUGCCAUCUGUUGAAGAACUAGAACAACAUUUUUGCGAACAUUUCCAUUCGUUUCAACCGGAAUACUACGUCCAAGUGCCGGGUAAAGUGAACUUGAUCGGAGACCAUAUUGACUAUAGCGGUUAUUCUGCAUUGCCCAUGGCCAUUGAACAAAGUAUCGUAGUCGCUAUCGGGAGGUCAGAAGGCAACCCAACGGUCUGGCUCACCAACUUGAACUCGGAACGUUACAAAAACGUUAAUGUAAAAAUAGCAGACAUAACGUAAAUCAAACGUCAUUAUUAUUAUUAUUAAUUUAAAAUUACAUUGUAUUUAACGUAAUGUAAUAUUGCAGUGCAGAUACGUUUGCGAGGAAAAAGUGUUGGGCGAAUUAUUUUCUGUGCGGCGUCAAAGGAGCUCGGGAAAUUACGAUGAACAUUCGCAAACUCAGAAAAAUGGGAAAUACCGGAUUUCUAUUCGCGAUCUCCAGUAGCAUUCCGGAGGAUUCGGGAUUGGGUUGUUCGAGUGCUUUAAUUACCGCCGGCAUGUUAUCAGCCCUAGUCGGAUACGAUGUGAGUAUAUUAUAUUUUUUGCCGUAGUGUUUAACAAUUACAGAAUUUUUAUCAUACACAUUUUAAAAAUAAUAUACUAUAUAGAUUCCUGUAAGGGAAAUGAAAUAAAUUAUAAUUAACAAUUAGUAAUAAAAAAUUAGAAGUCGUUGAAAAAUGGCGUUUCGAAUAGGCGAUUUGAUAACUAUGAUGAUAAUGAAUAAUGUUUAGGUUCAUUGCUACAGACUUGGUUUGGCAUUAGACCUGGCGAUGUGUGAAAGCUUCGCCGGUCAGAUCAAGACAAAUCCGGUAAACAGUAGUGGAUUGAACCAAGCAAUAGCAAUGUGUGCCAGACAAGGUAAACGGACAACGUCAAAACCUUAGGAAUGUAAUAAUGAGUGAAAUGCAGUUCAAUCCACGUACAUUUCACCAGUUCUUCUCCUUUUACACAUCGAAAAUGUCAACAUUUAUUUACGCCAAUAUUUGGCUGGAAUAAAAUAAAUAUGAAUUUGCUCGGUUAGUUCCUCCUAAAUUUUCAUGUUCUCAGUAUAGGCCUAAUAUCAAAAAUCUGUAAAUUAUUUCGUUACCUUUAAACUAUUCGUACUUAGGUAGUAAAAAAUGUUUAACUGCAAUUUCGAGUAUUCUAAGUACCUAAUCAUUUUUGUAAUAUAAUUUCAUUGACUCUAGAAAUCACUAUAUACUAUCUAGGCCUAUCCAUGAUUACUACGAGUUAUAAUUCAUUCUCUCUUCGUAAUAAUAAUAUUCCACCCCCAGAUCCCGGAAACUGAUUUGAUGAGGCUUGGAAACAAAUCUAUAUUAUAAAUAUUGACUUAUUCGGUGAACAGAGUUAGAAUCCACCCGAUCAAUCUUUUCCCUCCGUGCUUCACAAUUUUGAUUUAUAAUACUCAGCUUAGAGAAGAAACACUCAGAUGAGCAACUAAUUAAUGGUAUAACUACAAACGAUUUAAUAGUAUUGAGCAAAUUAUUAUAUAUAGCUAUUCUACAAGAAUUAUAACUUGUCAACUAUACUAUUUAUUCUUCACAUACUAUUUGGUUAAUUCAUUUAGGUAUAUUUUCCAAUUUUUUUAUUUUUUUUUUAUUAUUUUUUUUUUUUUUGGUAAAAGAUUUUCGGAUUCUAACUGUAAAAAUUCAAAUAAAAAACGAAGAUCUAAUAUUUUAUAUUUUCGGUUUUAGAUUCUAAUUUAAACGUACUAUCAAUACAUUCAAUUAGCUAAAUUUUUUCUUGAUCGAAGCGUACACUAAUAGUUGAAUCAUUUGAAUUAUCCUCUUAAGAAUUAUACCGUUUAUCACUUUGUAUACGAUUAUUAUGGUAAUAAUGAAAAUCCGAAAAAAAAUUUCGCAGAGUAAUCAAGUGUACCUACACUGACUACAACGUGCGCACGUUUUAGUCUUAUGUAAUUAGAGAACUCCAGUGAGACAUAAAGUUAUGUUCUACAUUGGAACAGAAUUGGUGGUAGAAAAGUUGUGCACAAGAAAAAAAAUCGUAAUAUUUUAGUUUAUAUUUCAUAUAUUUUUCAAUUUUUUUUUUUUUUUUUUUUGGUUUUCUAAAUUUGAUGAGAAAUCUCUUGAGGAAAUCGAAAAAUUACCUUUUUUAAGGUACCCUCCCCUACACCGAUUUCCCUUCAGAAAAGUCACUACACGUAAAUAUCGGAGUAAGUCCUCUGAUAGUAAAGUUGUCCACAAAAAAAAAAAAUUAACAUCUUUGUAAAACCAUAAGCUUCUACGCUCUACUCAGAACCUAAAAGGUUGAGUGAAUGCAAUUGGGAAAAUUUGAAUUAACUUACAUAAGUUUAUUUGUUAAAUAAAGUAAAAUGAGAAUUAUCCUGUCGUAUUUUGAGUAGUUACGGGCUUCUUUUAUCCGAUAAAAUGUAUCGAAUAAAAGUUAUCGGUAAACAUCAAUGUAGGCCACCUGACUAAGUCAAGCCCCAGUAGACGAAACCCAGUAGGCAAAAUCUAUCUAGUUGGAAAAAAAUCAGGUUGGGCCUAUUGGGUCGGACUUGCCAUUUGUAUAGUUAAAUAUGGUUUAAUGUAUAAUACUUUUUCAUUCACGUAUACAUUACGUGAUAGUAAUGCAAAUUCGUGCUAAUAAUAUGCAAUAUAUUAGCGUAGAACAAUUUUGACAUUUUUGACGUGUGGUAGCUAGUGAAACGUAGGCACAUUUAAAUUGCAAGUUUAAUUUGACGUUUUUAGGUUAUGCUGCUCGUAUUAAUUUCGAUCCGUUGGAGUUUGAACAAUACCGUUUACCGAGUGAUGUAAAGUUUGUCAUAGCUCAAAGUCUAGCCAUCAAAAAUAACUUGGCAUCAGACAAUUUCAACACGAGAAAAAUGGAAUGCAGACUUGCUUCGCAGGUAUCAAUGACUUUUGAUAAUUUUGUUUUGAGUACUUAACUAUUUAUCUUGUUGAUUUAUUUACGGAUCGCAGAUAAUCGCCAAACAAUUGAAUCUUGAAUGGAAAAAUCUGACGGUAUUAGCAACACUUCAAGAGAAUUCGGGCAACACUUUAGAUCAAAUGAUCGAAUUGGUCCACCAACAUUUACACGUCAAUAGUUAUUCCAGGAAUGAAGUAUGCAAUAAUAUUCUGUAUGUUUGUAAAAUAAAUAACUAUAAUUAAUAAUAAUAUUUUUAGAUAUGUGAAAUUCUAUCAGUGGAAGCUACAACGGAUUACAACACGAAAGAUGUGACCGAAUUUUUCUUACAUCAAAGAGCUCUACAUGUGUUCGAAGGUUAAACUUGUACAAAUAUGAUUUAUUUUGUUACAUUUCAUUGACUUUGUUCUAUAUUUUCUAAUCUGUUUAAUAAUACAUGCAAUUAUUGUUUAAAUAUUAUUAAGCCUUUACAAAUUAAUGUUGUCCACAUAUAAUUACAGAAGCAAAAAGGUUGGAAACAUUUUGUAGCCUUUGUGAAACACCUGGUACGGCGUCAGAUCUCGGGCGACUGAUGGACGAAAGUCAUUCAUCUCUGCGUGAUCUAUACCAAUGCAGUCAUCCGGACUUAGACGAGUUGGUAGACGUCUGCAAACGAGGCCACGCGUACGGUUGUAAACUUACAGGGGCUGGGUAAGUGAAUAAAUUAUUGUAAAUCAAAAUAUUUUACGAACAUAAAAUAAUACCUGUUCAUAUUUGUCACAGUUGGGGUGGAUGCGUAGUGGCCAUGGUUCCAUCGGUCGGUGUCGACGAAUUUAUAGAGUUCAUCAAAGACCAGUUUUACGCAAAAAAAAAUACCGGUGCGAAAUGCUUUGCCGAGCUGAUUUUCGUCGCAAAUCCGUCAGAAGGGGCUUCCUUGUUUCUUGCGCCAAACUACACGGAUAAUAAUAACGAUCGAAUUGAAAAGAAAAAUAUGAUGCACAAUAGAACUUAUAAUGGAGACGGAUACUACACAUAGGCGCGUAAAGGGAAAGGGCUAAAAAGGGGUAAUAGAGUUGUGCUAAAUUUGAGAUGCAUAUUAAAGUUUAUGCAAUAUAUAUGAUGAUUGUCCUAGGGUGUCAAUAAUAAUUAGCACGGUACUGGAUUAACUAAUGUAUAGAUCUGUUUAAAACUUAAUAUUAUAAUGUUUAUAACACAUAAAUAAUGUUUUAUUGUUAAAAUUAAUUUAUUAAACUGAGUUAUGUGUGUAAUUUAUACGUAAUUAUAGUCAUACAAUUAAGGCUGAGAUUUGAAUGCGCCUUGCAUUUUUUUCCAAAGUUUGCUGUGUAUUAUUCGGAUUUUUACAAAUUUGUUUCAUAUAUUUUUUCUAAUAGGAACUGGUACAGUUUUCGAUUUUAGUCAUUUUUUUAAAACAUUUUAAUGCAUUUUAUAAGUGCAUUCAGCAUUAAUUUGAAUUGUUAGGAUAUUUUUAAUGUACUAUAUUUAUCUAACUUAACAUAACCUAACCACUAAUACUGAGGACGGGUGCAGUCACUGUUGUGGUGGGGAGUUGAGAAGAUAGGACACAUAAAGUUAUUUAUUAUACCUGUAACCAUAAACAUACGAUAAACCAUUGCUAACAAAAAACGAUUGGGAAUGAAGUUCGGUUGUGCAUGUUUUGAAAGGCCGUAAUAUUUACGACUUUCAUCAAAAUUAGAAUUUAAACCUCUAUAAAAAAAAAAAUAUUCUACAUAACAUUCGAUUUUUUUUUUACUACUAGGUGCAUUUAUAAUUAUCAUACUGUACAAUUUUCAAAGUUUUCUGUUUAGGCUAACGAUUUUUUCCACCAAGCGUCUAUUAAAUAAAAAUGACGUAAAAAAUUCGAAAAAUUAAAAUGUUUAUAAAUAGCUCAAAUGUUUUGAAAAUUUUACUAAUUCUAAAAAAAUAGAUUUAAGUUUUCUGUCAAAAUUUCAAGUUUCCACGAAUAUUUUUAACUGAAUUACAUUAAAAAAACAAAAAUAAUAAAAGCAUUAUUUUUGUAAAUUUUCCUGUGCAUUUUACGUACUUUUCGGUUUUGUUCCAUGAUUAAAAAAAAACUAAAAAUAAAAUCAUAAAACGAUUUUCUUGAUCAUAAUCUAGAUUAAAAAUUCGACAAAAAAAGUUCCAUGUCGUUUUUUUUUUGAUAGAAAAUAUAACUGUAAAAAUUUAAAAUAAUAAAAUUGUGUCGCAAUUUGAAAUAAUCGUGUUUUUCGUCUUUUUAUUUUACUCAUUUAUUAUGAAAAUUACUUUGACUAUUAAAAAAUGACUUAUUGAAUCAAUGGCUAUAUACUAAAAUAAACAAAAUUGGUCGUAUGUUAUUUUUAAUUUGGAGUAAUAUUUCUGGUAAAAAACAUGUUGCAAAAAUAAAAACAAUGAAAUUGGUAACGCCACGGCGCCCCAUAAAUAUUUGCCAUUUUAUCUGUAAUUUUCUUUUGGUUUUUAUCUAAUUAUUUCAAAAUCAAAAAAAUGACUGUUCUAUUGCAUCGACUAGACAAAAUUUCCUUUCAAAAAAGGUACUAUAUUCUAUAAUAUCGGAGUAAGAUUUUUUUUCGAAAAAUUAUUUACAGACAAAAAAAAUAUUUAAAAAUAGCACACAUCAUAGUAAAACAAAUAGAUCCCCCCUAGCUACGCUCCGAAUUUAAAACCAUCUUACUGACAUUCAACAGUGGCCUACCUACUAUCAAUUAUUAUUGUUUAUUAGUGUACUAUAUUAUUAAUAUUAUUGUAAGUUCAGAAUUAUAUGAAAUCUCAGAUCCCUCGCUAUGCUCCGAAUCUAAAAAUCGAAUGACGUCGAUUUCUAUAUCUAAUAGAUUUGUCACUAUGUGCAGUAAAUACAAAUAUUGAAGACAUAAAGAUUACAGAAAUUACAUAAAAAGAACACAAUUGUCAGUCUAAAGAAUCCAAAAUAUUUUUGCAAAUUUUUUAAAGAAACUAAAAAUAACAGUGAAUUACCUAUUUUAAUGUAUUAUAACGGUGAAAAAGGUGAAAACGGAACUGGCAUUGUAAAUUUAUUUAGUUACUAUUUUUCUAGUGUCUAUACUUCAAUAAAUCAAUUGUCUGCUUAAAUGAAAACAUCUCAAGCAUGAUAGUAUCGCUUGGCAUGAUUGAAAUAAAUCAAAAAAUAUUUUUAAUGAACUGUGGGAUAUUAAAUUAAAUACUUCAGUAAGACCUAACAGAAUUUCUGCAAUUUUCCUAAAAAAAAAAUGUUGCUAUCAUUUAAACCUUGUUAACUAAAUCAUAUUUAAUAAAUCAUUUGUUUUGUAUAUCAUCCUGGUGAUUGAAAACUAUCAUAUUUUACGCGUAUAUUUAAAAAGGAAAUUAUAAUGAGGUAAACAACUACAAAUCUAUGUUAAAAAUCUCUGAUACCUAAAAUAUUUUCAAAAAUUUUGAAUUAUCAUAUAACACCGAUAUGUAAAUGUAUCUUAACUAACGAACAACACGGAUUAAGUAAAGAUUAUUAUUUAUAUAUUUAGAAAUACGGAGGUUGAAAUACCGUAAAUGAUUUUGAUAUUCAUUUCGAUACAAAAUUAUCUUUUAUUACCAUUAAAAUACCAUAAAAAAAAAAAAAAAAACAUUUAAAAACUAGGCUUAUUAAAACGAACUUGUACAAUUAUUAUAUUGCUCAUUGGUUAAUUCACAGCUGGAAUAUGGUUCUCUAAUAAGGAACUUUAACUCUUAAGGUCAAGUUCAAAAGUUAUCAAGAAUUCAAAAUAAUUUUCUUAUGGCUCUUUCAUUUAAACGCCAUAUCGAAAGAUUAUAAUAUUGGAAAUUAUAAGGGACAAAAGAUUACAGUGGGCCAGCCAUGUGAAGUUUACAACAGUGUAACAACGUAACAGUGAACUUAUUACAGCAGUUUCACACCCGUCCCCAGUACUAGCUCUUUUUGAAUAUUAAUAAUGUUGUAAUGCCAUGUUGGCCAAUAAACGUGUCCUGACCGAUUAUUGUAA